CUGUCCUAAUUGCACUCCUGCCUUUUGUCCCUGACCACCAUCACCAUGCCUCGGGGUCAGAAGAAUAAGCUCAAUACCCCUGAGAAACACCACCAGGCCCCAAGAGGGACCCCGGGUCUGAAGGGUGCUCAGGCCAUUGCAACCAAGAAAGAGUCAUUCUCCUCUUCACCUUCACCUCCUUGUGGAAUUCUGAGUCAGAGAAAGCCUGGUGCUAAGUCACACAGCACUCUCAAGAGGCCUCAGCGAGAUCUGUCCACUACCACUCUGUCUGCAGGUGUUUCUCACACAAGAUCAUACAAAGGAGCCAAUGGCAAAAUUGGGAAAGAGCAAAGCUCCUCUCAGGCCCCUCUCUCCAUUGUGCAGUCUCAAAGAGACCGUCUAACCAAAACAACGAAUAUAUUGGUGGAGUUCCUGAUGCACAUGUAUAAAAGGAAAAAGCCCGUGAUGAAGGCAGAUAUGCUGAAGAUUAUUAAUAAAAAGUACAAAAGUCGAUUCAUUGAGAUCCUCAAAAGAGCUUCUUUCAGCAUGGAGGUAGUAUUUGGCAUUGAUUUAAAGGAAGUCGACCCUACCAAGCAUUCUUACAUCCUUGUCAGCAAAAUGGGCCUCCCCAACAAUGGGACAGUCAGUCGUGGCAGGGGGUUUCCCAAGACAGGUCUCCUGAUGAAUCUCCUGGGUCUGAUCUUCAUGAAGGGCAACUGUGCCACUGAAGAAAAGAUCUGGGAAUUCCUGAAUAAGAUGAGGGUCUACGCUGGGAAGAGGCACUUCAUAUUUGGGGAGCCCAAGAAGCUCAUCACCCAUGAUUUGGUGAAGCUGAAGUAUUUGGAAUACCGGCAAGUGCCCAACAGCAAUCCAGCACGCUAUGAGUUCCUGUGGGGUCCAAGAGCCCAUGCUGAGACCAGCAAGAUGAGAGUCCUGGAGUUUUGGGCCAAGAUUAACAAUACGGUCCCCAGUGCCUUCCAGUCUUGGUAUGAAGAGGCUUUGAGAGAUGAGGCAAAGAGAGUCCAAGCCACAGUUACCGCAAGGGCUGACACCAAUGCCAUGGCCAGGGGAUGUUCCAGUGUUCUAUCCAGCAGCUCCUCCCACACCUACUGAAGUUGAGGCAGAUUCUGCACUUUGUGGUUGAAGAGAGUGUUCAGUGGUCCAGGUCACUGAGGGAACAACAGUGUGUAAUACCUUUGUGUUCCUCUUCAUCCUGUAUGGGGAAUUUGGACAUAUA